UGUUAAGUAGGCAAUGCAGCUUCUUAACUUCUACGACAGCAAAUUAGAAUGCACAAGGUUUUGAAUUCUUUACAAAAGUAGGAGCAUCUGCAUUUUUCCAGUGCGCAUGAUUUUGUAUCCUUUCUGAAAGCAGGAAGCAUCACGCUGUUAAUCGCUGUCAGACUGAUAACAGCAUUUUCUGGGAAGGUCAAUUCAACUGCAUUGUUUACAAAGGUGUUUUGAUUGUCUCUUUCGGUGGCUACAAAUUCAUUCAAACGAAUUUCAGUGACUUUGGCCCGUGAUCGUGGAUUACCGAAGGACCAACAGCACAAAUCCCAUGCUUGGAUGUGAUUCCACCAUUGUGAGCCUGAUAUACAGAGGAGGAAAGACAGGUUCUGAUGGCAGACCAUCUUCCCUCAGGGUUACUGGAAGCAUGUGUUGUCGUCGGAGCCUCUGGGGAUAAACUCAAGGAUGUCUACCAGUCUCUACAGCAGGGCAACAGGACAACAGACAUCCUUUUUUUAGACCCAGAGGUCUUGCAAGUCCACGUGCCUCCGUUUGUGACCAAAGAGAAUGCAGUUGAGUCUGGUGUCCCCAGAACCUUCAGUCGAGUCCAGUGCAGACGGUCAUUCAUCAAGAAGAAGGAGAGGCCAGUGGUGGCUCCUAGUGGCCCUGGAGGGGCCGGGAGCAGUGAGGGGGCCACAGUCACAGAGGACGUCAGCGUCCCCAAGGACAUCGACCUCAUGGCUCUGCCCCAACUCUGCUUCCCAGGGGGGCUUCAAGUAACAAAUGAACCAAAAGAAGAGCGUUUUCACUUUCUAGUCUUCACGGAUGUGUUCGGUAACCAAACCCACGGAGUGGUGGUUCAGUGUUGUAGACCAUUUCAGGAAGGGUCAGUGUUCUAUCAGAAUGGACACUGGUCGUCCACCAGGACCACUAAGCUCUACACUGCUUAUGCCAUCUGUGUCAUAUCCAAGCAUCCUUAUUACAAUGCUCUGAAGGACUGUCUGUCUUGUUUGCUGGUGCAGCUUAGAACAUGCAGGUUGUCUGAAGAGAGGGUGAAGGAAUUUGCAGCCAAACUAUCUCUAGUGCCCAUUCCACCCCCUGGACAACUACAUGUGGUGUUCAACCUGAGACCCCUGAUGAUCGUACUGCCUUCCAGAGAGGAUAAGGAACACCCCACUGUAGACCUGGACCUCCAUUUGCCCUUCCUGUGCUUUAGGUCCAAACAGAUUUUACAGAUCAUCACUGGUAUUCUGAUGGAACAGAGGGUAGUGUUCUUCUCAGCUGACUGGGCCCGCCUCACCCUGGUGGCAGAGUGUUUCAUGCUCUACAUCCACCCCUUCCACUGGCAGCACCCCUACGUGCCCAUCCUCUCAGCCCAGAUGCUGGACUUCGUCAUGGCCCCCACCGCCUUCCUCAUGGGCUGCCACCUCAACCACUUUGAGGAGGUCGCUGCGGAAACAGACGACCUGAUCUUGAUAAAUAUUGAUGAUGGAACAGUGUCUUCUUCCUGCUCAGAGACUGUCGACCUACCAGACGUCCCCUUAGUUUCAGGAGAGUGUUUUACCAAGCGGAGGAAGGGCCUCCAGCUACAAUAUGAUCUAGAGCUGUGUCACCAAGGGGCCGGCGCAGACGUUAAUGACAUGCGCAUGCUGAGGAGACAAUGGCAGCAGAACCUGAACUGGGAAAUACAGAAGGUUACCUUGGAGCUCAUUGUCAAUAUGUUCAGGGAUGUCAGUGGUCACCUGAACUAUGAACACAGAGUGUUUAACAGUGAAGAGUUCCUGAAGACCAGAGAGCUAGCUGACCUACCCUUUUAUAACAAGGUCUUGGAGACACACAUCUUUCAUUCAUUCCUGAAGGACCGCCUCAAUAGGAAGAUGGAUGCUUUCACACGCAUGGAAGUCAACACUCGCUCAGAGACACAGAAAAUGAAGGCGAUGACAGACAACCCCAGGAGGCCCACCAUGCAGGAAAUGGCCAGGAAGUAUAGCAGCGACCCAGAGAAGCGUCUGAACAAGAGGCUGGGGAUGAGCCUCCCCAACCUGGGAGAGGAGCGCCAUCUCAACCUCCUCAGACAAACCUCCCUCAAGAAGAUCAUUAUCCCUGACAGUGCCUUCAAGAUCCCGCCCAAGCCUGUGAAGAUCUUCAAGCUGCCAGAAUUUCCUCCUCCCAUGGUGCACCACCAUGUCCAGAACUACUAUGGAGAGUUGAUCAUACUACUGGGGAAGGCCAUCCUCUGUGUUCCUGAGAACUCCACACUCCUGGCCAGGUACUUCUACCUCCGCGGCUUCAUGAACACGCUGUGUUCCAAGCGUCUUGACGCCCUCAGCGACUUCCAGAACCUCUACAAGACGGACAUCGAGAUCUUCCCCGCCGACCUGGUGAAGGCGCUAGUGGACUCGCUGCAGAAGGACGAGCGCUCCCAGGUGGACCGGCGGCCAGAGCUCAAGCGGCUCAUUUUCAAGGUGAAGACAGACAACGAGAUGGUGCUGGUCCAAGCUGACGACCACGUGAAGAAGUUCCAGCUCCCUAAGACCCACAUGCUGCAGGAGGACUUUGUGAAGUGCAUCCAGGAGUCUGGGAUUGUGAAAGACGUCGCCACCAUCCAUAGGCUGUUUGAGGCUCUCACUGUGGGUAAGUUGAGACUUACCAUCCAUAGGCUGUUUGAGGCUCUCACUGUGGGUAAGUUGAGACUUACCAUCCAUAGGCUGUUUGAGGCUCUCACUGUGGGUAAGUUGAGACUUACCAUCCAUAGGCUGUUUGAGGCUCUCACUGUGGGUAAGUUGAGACUUACCAUCCAUAGGCUGUUUGAGGCUCUCACUGUGGGGCAACAGAAGCAGAUUGACCCAGAGGUGUUCCGUGUGUUCUACACCUUCUGGAAGGAGACGGAGGUGGAGGCCCAGGACGUUCACCUGCCAGCUGAGGUCAUAGAGCACCUGGACAACAACGAGUGUGUCUACAAGCUGUCCUGCUCCAUCAAAACCAACCAGGGAGUGGGUAAGAUCGCCAUGACACAGAAGAGGCUCUUCCUGCUCACUGACGGGAGGCCUGGGUUUAUCGAGAUCACCAAGUUCAGAGACAUAAAGGAGGUGAAAAUCUCCUUUGCUCCUUUCCUGCUGUUGAAGAUCCCGUCUCUGAAGAUCAAGUGCAGUCUGAGGAAGGAGGUGUUUGAGGCCAACCUGAAGUCUGCGUGUGACCUGUGGAAUCUCAUGGUCAGAGAGAUGUGGGCUGGGAGGACGAUGGCAGACGACCACAAGGAUCCUCAGUACAUGCAGCAGGCUUUGACUAACGUCUUGCUCAUGGAUGCUGUGGUUGGGUGCCUUCAGAGCCAGAAGGCCGUAUUUGCCGCUUCCAAACUGGCAUACUUUGACAGAGUGAAGCGUGAAGUUUCUAUGAUGGUUCCAAAGACAACAUCGGAGACGUUGAAACACAAGAUCAAUCCAUCACUAGACCUCCCAGCUCCACAGACUGUACACGUCUUACUCUACACACCAGGCCAGUUGAGUUACUCGGAGGCAGACGGAGAUGGGAACCCCAAGCUGUGGUGUGCCCUCAGUGGUGGGAGGGUGGUUGUGUUUGAUGCAGCCAGCUGGUCCAUGCAGCAGAACUGUGUUCAAGUGGGAUCCUCCCAACUGAACUGCAUGCUGGGAUUGGACCAGGAUCAAGUAUGGAUUGGCUCCCAGGAUUCCAUCAUUUACAUAAUUGACACUCGCAGCAUGUCCUGCAAUAAGCAGCUGACAGAGCACAGGCAUGAGGUUAUGGACUUUGCCCUGGAGGAGAGUGACAAGAUGAGCCAGACAUACUCCUGUAGUGCCGAUGGAACAGUCAUUCUGUGGGACCUCUCAACGCUAAAAGUGAAAAAGCAGUUUCAACUGGCCUGUGAUUGGCUUAUGUCCAUUCAGCUCUUCAAUGGAACACUGUGGUGCUGUGCCAGAGACGGCAUCGUUGAGCUGAGGAAGGACGGAACCCCACAUCGUAAGAUGACACUUCCUGAGGAUCUACGGAGCAUGCCCACUGAGUUCAGCAGCCUCAUCCUCUUCGUAGAGAGGGGGCAGUUGUGGACGAGCUGUUCUGAUUCUGACGAGCUCUGUCUCUGGCACUGUAAAGACCUGACCAAGCCUUUCCUGAGGGUGCAGCUGCAGAACUGUACAGGGGUCAACUGUAUGAUCAAGGUUAAGAAUCAGAUCUGGGUUGGCUGCAGCGGGCCGAGCCCUGACCAAUGCAGGGUGAGUGGGAAGAUCUACAUAGUGGACACAGAGAGCCACAGUGUAGAGAAAGAGCUGAUGGCCCACACAGACAGUGUCCAGGCACUGUGCUCUGCAGAGGGCCGCUAUGUACUCAGCGGCUCCGCCUGCCAGGAUGGCAAAAUCGCCAUUUGGAAGGUUGAGUAGAGGACGAGUAGCCUGGUCCAGUAUCUGUUUGUGUGGUUUUGCCAACUCUUAAGUGAAUAAAAUGUUUGGCACAACAAUGACCGGAGUUUCCUAAACAGCAGAAAUAGAUGUGGGACCAGGUUCGAGGAAGAGCCCUACAGACCCUGAGGAGUCCUACAGGUCUGAAGAGGCUAUAAACGCCUCAAACUCAACUCUGGACCUGGAAGCCAGUUCCACUGCUUUGUUUCAUUGUUCCCCUUUAAUCAGGGACUGAUUUAGACCUGGGACACCAGGUGGUUAUAAUGAAUUAGCAGGUAGAACAGAAAAGCAGCAGGAUCUGGACCUCGUGGGGUCAGAGUUGAAAAUCCAUGCUAUAGACUAUAAAUUGUUCUUAUUUUCCCUGAACACCUCAGAGAGAUGUUUGUUCUAAAAUGUGGUUUUCCUGGAUUAAAGACUCAAGGUUGGCCAUUUUUUCUUUUUCACAUCCUUCCACCUCUGUGUCCCAACCCCACCACGCUGCUCCACCUUGUGGUCUGCCCCCCCAACCCCACCACGCUGCUCCACCUUGUGGUCUGCCCCCCAACCUCACCACGCUGCUCCACCUUGUGGUCUGCCCCCCAACCCCACCACGCUGCUCCACCUUGUGGUCUGCCCCCCAACCCCACCACGCUGCUCCACCUUGUGGUCUGCCCCCCAACCCCACCGUACUCAGCAGCACCACCUUGUUCAAAAAUCCUGGUGAGGACCCUGCUAUUCCCUAAAUAGUACACUACUUUUGACCAGGGCCCUAUAGAGAAUAGUGUGCCAUUAGGGACGUGGACAAUAUACAGUGGACAGUGAGGCUCAGGGAAUGACAUGAUCAUGAAGAACCCUGUCAUCCUCUGUUCUCUUUAAGUUGGGGUCUGCCUUUAUAUACUGGAUGAUGAUGAUGAUGAUGAUGAUGAUGUAAUAGCGUUUCUCUGACUGUUUCACAACGUUUUGAUUUAUUUCACUAACAAUAUUCUGGAUACACUAAAUGUCUUCUUUCAGAUUCAUAUUUCUGCCUCACCCAUGUCUUAGC